AUGGAGGAAUGUUACCGCGGCAUCCAUAAAAAAACUGACGGCCGACGAAAUGGAAAAUUGGAUUUUAUAAGUGCAGAAUUGUUAGCUGACAUAGCAACCACAAAGAUAAAACUAUCUACUAUUGAUAAAAGGCAAGUUGAUUCUGAAGAAAGACUGAAAUCUGUUGAGGAUAAACUGCCUGAUAGUUAUCACCCUCCACUCUUAAUUGAUUUUACUGUAUUUAAACGUAUUGAUUUGGAUCACUUUUGUACUUUUAGUGAUUCUAGUCCACUUAAUUGUAAAAAAGGAAAUUACACUGGGAUUAAUGAGUUGGGAGCUACUGAUUGA